GAAGGACCCUCGCAGACUGCAGUCUAUUUUUGCGGUCUGACGCCAAAUCGUAUCUCCCUGCGCCUUUUCCUCUACGAAAAGCUCUUUCUCUACCCUUUCCCUUUGUCUGCAAGCCUUUUCGUCUGUUUCUUCGGCUCUCUGACUCCCGAGGACGCUCACGAGCCUCGACCCGAAAGCGCCAGGCACCCCAACUUUGCCCCCGCCAGCGAUGACCAAAGGCGAUGACAUCAAUGAAUAGUCAACCAGAUCCGGUCAGCGGGCAUGCAUUCCUCGGUACACCCUCAACCGCCUACAGUCAUCCGGCCGCACCGACGCGCGAGCGCCGGACGAUUCGCAACCUCCGCUCGUUGCCUCCCCCCUUCACCCCCAUGCGCGCAGCACACUCCGAGCAGCGCCAGCGAGUUAGUACACCUAAUGCGGAGACAAUGACCGCGAAGAAUGAUCUGGAGAAGGACCCUGCGAGGCCGAGUCGCAGGGUGGAGACGCGACUGAGGGAGCGGGGUGCGUUGGCGUGGCUCGCGGCUGCUCCGUCGUGGCGGGAGUGGCUGGGGGAUCUUUUGCCGGACUUGCUCACGCUGAUCGUCGUCGGUGCAAUCGGCCUCGGGCUGAACGCGUCGGACGCCAUCGGGGGCAAGUCAAGAUACUUCAUGAUCUUCAAUGAGAACAACGAGUUCGUGAACUACGAAAUGGGCAAACCCCGUCAAGCCAACAUCAUUCCCAUCUGGCUCGCGGCCGUCCUCGCUGUCCUCAUCCCCACCAUCAGCUUCGCGCUCGCGCAGAUACGCGUACACAGUUUGUACGAUCUGCACGUCGCGUUCUGGGCGAACAUAUCGUCGAUCGUGCUCGCCAGUGUCUUCCAGAUCUUCAACAAGAUCCUGAUUGGUGGCCUCCGCCCCCACUUCUUCGACGUCUGCCAGCCACGCGCCGACCUCCGCCCAGGCGAUGGCGCCGGCUACCACGGCCUCUAUUUCACAUGGGAAAUAUGCUCUGGCCCGAAUGCCGACUACAUCCAGGACGCGCUCAAGUCCUGGCCCUCCGGACACACCACCGUCGCCUUCGCCGGCUUCGUGCUCCUUAGCUUGUACCUCAACGGCAAGCUGAAGGUGUUCAGCGACGAGAGGAUAUUGGUGUGGAAGCUGUUUGCGUUCUUGGCGCCGAUAUUGGGGGCGUUCUUGAUCGCGGGGGCGAUGGUGUUGGACCAUUCGCAUCAUUGGUAUGAUGUGGCGGGCGGGGUUGUGAUUGGGACGGCGAGCGCGGUAGCGAGUUAUAGGGCGAAUUAUGCGGCGAUCCUGGACCAUCGCUUCAACCACAUCCCGCUCACCGGGUCGAAGAGUCCGUGGAGGCGCAUCAACCUCGACAGCGAGGAGCGUGGUGGCCACUUCAGUCGGGAGGGCACUGGCCACUUCGCCUACUCGACAGCGCCGCAGGACAGGUUCCCCGACUUUGCGCACGGGGACGGCAUGCAGUGGGAGCCCGCGGGUGCGCCGGGGGAUGCAAUUGCUUGGGACAGGUCGACGGUGGCAAAGGAGCCUGCGGGGUGGAAUACGCAUGCGGAGGUGAAGCCGUGGGCAGCGAAGUUGGAGGAGGCUGAGGCCGCUGCCAAGAGAGCGACCGAGGCGGCAACAACGUCCCCUGUUGCUCCGCAGGAUGGCCACAGCAGCAUCGAGUCGACCUUGCAGACAGCUCACUAACAGGGUUCAGUCUCUCGUAGAGAUCGCCCUCGAGUCUCUUGUUCGCGCUGUUUCUUGUCAUCCCCUACUUGCAUUUUUUGCAACCCACUACGUGCAUAUUUCUACCACCCACACCGUACAUAUCUUACCUUAUUCUCUAAUGCGUGUUAUUGGGUUCUAUUUAUCUCCUGCAUGUGCAUACGACAACUGUACGACCACCCUUUUACCCUCUCUUCAAUAGAUUUCUUGGCCUGUGGAA